CAAUACCAAUUUGGGAUUACGAAGUGUUCGUGUAAAACGGUAUCAGAGUGCCAAAGCUUGACAUACACACAAUGGCGUUGAAAAUAGUUUUCUUUUCUUGUUUAGUGGCAUUUAUCUCUGGAUUUGAGGAUAAAACUGUAAUACAGUACCUACAAGACAAUAAUUAUCUUAAACUGGUUGAGGCGCUAACUGCUGCUGGUCUUACCGGCACACUUGCCGGUAGUGGACCUUAUACAAUAUUUGCCCCGACUGACACAGCUCUCUCGGCAUUCAACGUAAAUGAUUACACGAAGGAACAAUUGGCGAAACUUAUGAGAUACCAUAUUGUAGCCGAAUUUGUAUUGGUGCCAAUGCUAAAUGUACCUACAAAUAAAACAACAUUGGAGGCGCAAUCGAUAGCUCUAACGCCGUCUCCAUCUGGCAUAUUGAUAAAUGGCAAUGCGAGAAUUAGUACCACACAUAAUGAUAUCAUUGUCAACAAUGGCGUUAUCCAGCCCAUUGACAUGUUACUGACACCGCCUGUAUUUAUACAACAUAAUAUAUACCAAAUUCUCCUCAGAGAUUCAGAUUUUGCUGACCUUACGUUGGCCCUGUUGCUUGCAGACUUAGUGUCUACGCUUUAG